AUGUCCAGGAUGUUCAUGAAGUUUUCUGGCUUCAAGAGGCGCAGGAACAGCAGGAAGCUGAAAAGUACAUCACGCUUGUUGGGGUUGGGGAAGAGAAAAACCCGCCUUGCUAAGAAGAAACGUCGCAAGUCCAUGCUGAAGAACACCUCUCGAUUCAUGAUGAGGUUCAAGGCCAGCAAAAAGGGAAAAAAAGAAAAGGAGGACAAAGCGAAGGAAAGUUGUGGGAAGAAGCCAACUUUCAUGCUGCUACGCCUGGGAGGAAAAGAUUCAAAUGUGAAGAAGACGGGCUUAUUCAAAAACCUAUUUGGAAAAAGAAUUGACGGGCCUCCUGAUGACUUCAAGAACACAAGCGUGUUGCUGGGUAAGGUUGCAGCAGCAACUAACUGGCUGACCAAACGCUUCCUGUCCACUAAAACAAGAGGAAAUGAAGGACACCACGGCGUGGGCGGACAAAGAGCACGAAGUCGAUACGCCGGCUCUGGAGGUCAUCUUCAGGGUUAUCAAAACAACGGUUAUGAGCACGAGGAGGAUGCCUAUGGAUAUGAUCGUCAACAUUCAGUUGGCCAGAAAGGUUAUGGAAGCUACGAUGAUGAUUAUGGUGGUUAUGGUGAGGGUCAGUUUGCUUACUAUGACAAUGGGGAAACAAGCUAUCAAGACCUGGGUUACUAUGAGGAAGAUGGACUCUAUGAUCCAAAUGCAGAAUAUUAUGAAGGUGAUCUUUAUGAUGAGGGCAUGGGGGACUACUAUAACCCUUAUGCCUCCGCUCAAGGCUACUAUGACAACCAGGAAGCUAAUUACCAUGGUUACCAGCAGGCAAUGGCAGUGUGUGGUGACGAGGGUCUGGACUACUACGCACUAAUGGGUGAGGACAAUGUGUAUGGUGAAGCGGUAGAUGGCUUCCUUGACCCUCAGGCUCAGGGUUAUUACGAUGAAAACGGUCAAGUGGUUUACUACGCCGACGAGCAGAGGGGUUUCUAUGACGACCAGCAGGCAGGUUACUUUGAGGACCCUUAUGCAGCAGCGAUGGGAAUACAAGGGGGGUUUCCACCAGACUAUCAACUCAGUUAUAAUGAAGCAGGCAUGCCCUACCAAGACUACAGCUCCCAGCAGGCAAUGGGGUUCCCACCAGGGGGCCAGCAGUUCUCUGGCUUUGGAGGGCAAGGGAUGGAUCAGGUACAGGGCCUGUAUGAGGACCAGUAUAAUCAAUAUAGGGAUGAUACCGUUGGAGUUCAGGGAGGGGAGAUGACUUUCAAAGUUCCUAGACCUCAAGUGCGCCUGUUUGGGAAAGAGCGUCUCGAUGUGCCCCUGCACCCUCCACCUACUUUGCCACCUGAUCCAGAAUUUGAAGACAUGUCGGAAAUCCAGUAUGAAGACCAGUAUCCCCUUGCACCAGGUCAGCUUGGUGACAUGAUGCCAAUACAGCAGCAGAUAGGAAUGUCACCACAACAACAGAUGAUGAUGUUGCCUCAAGAACAAAUUAUGUUUUCCCAACAACGAACCAUGUUGUCCCCUCAAGACCAAAUGAUGAUAAUGUCACCGCAGCAACAGAUGAUGUCACCGCAGCAACCGAUGAUGUCACCACAGCAACAGAUGAUGUCACCACAGCAACAGAUGAUGUCACCACAGCAACAGAUGUUGUCACCACAUCAACAAAUGAUGCUACAACAAAUGAUGUCACCACAAGAGCAGAUGAUGUUGUCGCAGCAACAGAGGAUGUCUCCGCAAAUUAUUUCACCACAGCAGAUGAUGACAGAUCCAUUGAUGAUGUCACAGCAACAGGGUUAUGGCACAGUGAUCCCUACUCCAACUGCUAUGAUUAUUAAGCAAGCAAGUAUGUCCCCCGGUGCUGCACGGCGCCUGAAACCCUCUCCGACUCCAUCCCGUCGCUCUGUCAUCAUGCCCUCCCCACAGAUGCAGCGCCAUCCUUCUGCCAUGGCCUCCCCAGUACCCUGCCCUAUGCUUCAACAGAGACGUAGUCCCCCCCCACAACCAUCCAUAAGGAGGGGCUUCAUAAAUGCCCAGAGACCCCCCUCUGUUAUGUCGAGGCAAAUCUCACCACCUGCAUCCCCUAUGGCCUUCCCCCACGACCGUCAUCGAAUGCAACCUCAGAGAUCACCGUCACCCAUGGCUCGAGGACCCUCCCCCCCUCACUCUCCCCGUGCCUCCAUGAUCCGGCGAAGUCCUCCACCUUCACCAAGAGUGUCAAUGAGACAAUGUUCUCCACCUUCCUCACCCCGUGCGUCCAUGAGGAGGCGAAGUCCUCCAACCUCACCCACUCCAGCCCGCAGUCCAUUUGGGGGAAGGAAUAGGUAUGGUCCACCCUCCCCUUCCUUCUCCCCUGGUCAUGCAUCGCCCCCUCACUCUCCACAGCUCAGUAGAAGACCAUCUCCCUCUCCCUCCUUUUCUCGUCGCAGUUUGUCCCCUACAGGACCGCGGCCUGCCCCGUCAUCUCCGACACUGUCUCGUCGCUCAACUCGGCUGCUCAGGGACCCCACACCACUGGCUCGACCCAGGAUGGGGGGAAAUGUUCCUUUAGGUACCGUCAGGCCCUCACCAAUGGGUCUCCGAGGGCGCCCAAUGCCUCCACCCACCCAGAAUGUACGUCCAUUCCGUGCUUCCUCCAUACGAAGCAAUAGGUCUUCUGUUCUCACUGUGGAGUCCUCCCUCUCCUCCCCUUUUCACUCCCCUCACAUGGUCCACCGUGCUCCCCAUGGGAGGAGAGAAUCUGGUCGAUUUCACCCUCGGCCUGUGGCCCGAGGACAUCCCCUCAGGGCCCAGCAGUCUAUUAGAAGGAUGCCUCCUGCCUCUCCACAGCCCUCCCUUAAAUACAGGCCACAUUCUGCAUCCCCACGCUUCUCUCCUCGACUUUCUCGUCAGUCUUCCCCUCUCCUGCCCCCUCGAUCUGCUCACCCACCCACCACUUAUGCACUAGAAACGUAUGUGUCCGGCCCCUAUGCUGAUCCUUAUAGUGAGCCAUCGCAUAGGUUUCUCGCCCCCUCUUCUCUAUCUGGUGCUUUGCAGAACCAGACUAUCAGACAGGCGUCUUUCGCUUCCCCUUUCGGCCCAGAGCCAUCCCAGAUGGUAGACAUGGGUGGGAUGGUUACAGAAUAUAUAGAACCUUAUGCUCCAUCAUCCCCUACGCUGUCCGGUGCAAUGCAAAACCAGGUCAUUCGGGAUGCGUCCUUUGUUUCCUCACUGCAGACACCAAUGUCCCCUUAUGAGCAGCCUUUGGCCCCUUCAUCGGCCAUGCUGUCUCAUGCUCUGCAGAAUCAAGCUAUACUGGAUGCAUCUUAUGUUUCACCUUUACAAAGGCCAAUGUCCCCUUAUGAGCAGCCUAUGGCCCCUUCAUCUCCAAUGCUGUCUCAUGCUCUGCAGAAUCAAGCUGUACUGGAUGCAUCUUAUGUUUCACCUUUACAAAGGCCAAGCUCUCCUUAUGAACAGCCUAUGCCCCCUUCUUCCCCAAUGCUGUCUGGAGCUCUGCAAAACCAGGCAGUGAGAGAAGCCUCCUAUGUCUCUCCACUUCAACGCCCUCAGUCCCCAUAUGCCUCAUCUGUACCUUCCACUCCAAUGCUGUCUGGAGCCAUGAGACAUGGUCAGGCACUAAGAGGUGUGGCUUCUUAUCAGACUCCACAGUUCCAUUUAUCUUACGGACCAACUGUUGUUACUCCAUAUGAUUACAUCUCUGAGCCUGGCCCAUCACCACUGCUUCAUGAUGCCCUACAGAACCGUUCUCAUUUACAGAAUGUCUCAUCUUUAAGAUCCCCUAUGAUGCAACGCCGUAACCCUUAUGCACCAGCUGGGCCUCAGCUUCAUAAUGCUCUUCAACAAAACCCAAACGUACGCCAAGCAUCUUAUCGGACACCUAUGCAACUUAGACAGUCCCCAUAUGGACCCCCACCACCCUCUUCACCAAUGUUAGGAAGUGCCCUGCAAAACCAACAGUUGAUGCAGGCAUCGUACCGACUGCCAGAUGGAUCCUUGGUGUCACCAUAUGCAGCUUCACCUUCCUCCCCAUUGCUUGGCCACGCCUUGCAAAACCAACAAGUCCGUGGAGCCUCGUACACCUUGCCCGAUGGAUCAGUUAUCAGGGAACAUCGUAUGCCCCAGAAGCCCAUGUCUCCGAACCUUUCAGGAGCACUUCUGAACCAGAAUGUCAGGACUGCUACAUAUACUCUCCCUGAUGGCACCAUUAUAGACCCGAGACAGCAACAAAUCAUUUCCCCAAACCUGGCCAUGGCGCUAAGCAAUCCAGCUUUGCGCGAAGCCUCCUAUUCUCUCCCUGAUGGUACCAUUGUGAUUGACCCCAAGAAACCAAAGUCCCCGGACCUUUCAGCAGCACUUCAGAACCCUUACCUGAAAAGUGCAUCUUACACCCUGCCCGAUGGUACGAUCAUCAUUGAUCCACGGAAACCUCUGUCUCCAAACCUCUCCGGCGCCCUUCAAAACUCUGCCCUGCGGAGCUCCAACUUCACACUACCGGAAGGGGUCCAUGACCCCAAUAGACAGAUUUCACCCAACAUGGUUAAGGCCCUCAGCAACCCAGCCUUGAAAGGAGCUUCAUACACCCUCCCAGAUGGAACUAUUAUAGUGGACCCAAGGAAACCAAAGAGCCCCAACCUGACAGCCGCCCUGCAGAAUCCUUAUCUAAAGGGUGUGUCCUUAACCCUGCCUGAUGGAACCAUCAUCAUUGACCCACGAAAACCAGUUGGCCCUGACCUGUCUAGAGCUCUUAUGAAAGGGAACCUUCGUCAUGCAUCAUACCGCCUCCCUGAUGGCUCCCUGGUUAUCCCUGGCCAGAAGCCCUCCACUCCCAACCUUUCUGCCGCUUUGAGGCAAAACCAAUCACUUCGGUCUGCAGGUCUAUAUCAUCUCACAGACAACUCUGUACUGUCAGCUGCACCAAAACCCAACACUCCCAAUCUUGCAUCUGCUCUGCGAAAUGACGAACUCCGUGAUGUCAAAUACAGGCUGCCUGAUGGCUCUAUUCUCACACGCCAGUUCCACAUCCCGAGCCUGUCUGAAGCCGUCCAAAACCAGCAGCUUCGCUAUGCCUCAUACAGGGUGCCAACAGGCCUGCAGGGUGAGGAUAGUCGCUAUGCUGUGGUUCCACCCUAUGGGCCAAGCUCAGGACACUGGGCCAGAAAUGCCCGAGGUGAAGGGCAAGGAGGGGAAGAUGUCUGGGCAGCUGAGAGGGUUUUACCACAUGGGACAGUCCAGAAUCUGUCAAAGUGGUCUAUGUACAAAGAAGAUGGGGUGUUAGAGGGAUAUUCACCCUCACCUCGACUGGUGGGCGAACUGAUCCAGGACACAGACUGGACUCCCGACAGAGAUAGAGUACCUGGUCAAAGCUGGUAUGACAAGAUCUUCUUUAUCCUAAGCAUGCCCACAACAGGCCACAGGGCGAAAAGCUGGUCGGAGGGAAUGGAAGACAUGACACAGUUGCCGGAGCUGAAUGAGACCACAGUUCUGAUGAACCUGAAGAAGCGCUUCGACCAGGAACUUGCAUAUACCUACAUAGGCAGCAUCCUCGUGUCUGUGAAUCCCUACAAGUUGCUCAACAUUUAUGGCACAGACAUGGUGCUUCAGUAUGAAGGUCGCGGCCUGAGUGACAACCCUCCUCAUCUUUUUGCCAUCGCUGGUCUCUCUUAUACCACCAUGAUGGAUGCCAAAAAGGACCAGUGUAUUGUCAUCAGCGGAGAAAGUGGCUCGGGAAAGACUGAGGCUACUAAACUGAUCCUGCGUUACUUGACAGCCAUACAUCACAAAUGCAACGUCACACAGCAGAUAGAGAUCCUGGAGGCCACGCCCCUUUUGGAGUCGUUUGGGAAUGCCAAAACAGUGCGCAAUGACAACUCUUCACGAUUCGGCAAAUACACGCAGAUCUACAUGGAGGAGGGUGUAAUCAGCGGUGCCAUAACGUCUCAGUACCUGUUGGAGAAGUCUCGCAUUGUCUUUCAGGCCAAAUCGGAGAGGAACUAUCACAUCUUCUAUGAGAUGUUGGCAGGUCUUCCUCCUCAUGAGAAGCGCUCACUGUAUCUGCAGGAAGCUGAGACUUACUACUAUCUGAAUCAGGGAGGAGAUUGCACCAUAGAGGGAAAGGAUGACGGGGAGGACUUCAGGCGUCUGCUGAAUGCAAUGGACAUCCUGUGUUUCACCCCAGAGGAGCAAACCAGCAUCUACAGACUGCUGUCCUCUGUCCUUCAUCUGGGGAACGUCUUCUUCCAGCCACACCAGGCUGAGGGUCAGGAGGUCGCGUCGGUGGUGAGCGCGCAGGAGAUCAGGGCGGUCGCUGAGCUGCUGCAGGUCUCACCUGACGGCCUGCAGAAGGCUGUCACCUUCAAACUGACAGAUACAGUAAGGGAGAAGAUCUUCACUCCGCUCACAGUGGAGAGUGCUGUGGAUGCCAGAGAUGCUGUUGCCAAGAUCCUCUACUCGCUGCUGUUUAGCUGGUUGACGGAGCGCAUCAACGGACGGGUCUACCCUCGCAACGAAGCCCUCUCCAUCUCCAUAUUGGACAUCUAUGGAUUUGAGGAGCUGCAGGUGAACAGUUUUGAGCAGCUGUGCAUCAACUACGCCAAUGAAACUUUGCAGUUCUUCUUUAACAAGGUCGUCUUCCAGGAGGAGCAGGAGGAGUACAUGCGGGAGCAGAUCAAGUGGCAGCAGCAGCCCUUCAGCCUCAACCAGGCCUGCCUCGACCUCAUCGCCGCUAAGCCUCAUGGGAUACUGCGCAUACUGGACGACCAGUGCGGCUUCCCUCAGGCAACAGACCACACCUUCCUUCAGAAGUGCCACUAUCACCAUGGAAACAACCCGCUGUAUGCCAGGCCAAAGAUGCCACUGCCAGAGUUCACCCUGAAGCACUUUGCUGGGAAAGUCACGUACCAGGUGCACAAAUUCUUGGAUAAGAACUUCGACAUGGUCCGCCAGGAUGUUUUAGACCUCUUCAUCCAGAGCAAGAACAGAUUGGUAUCCAGCUUCUUUUUAAAGCAUUCAGAGUAUGCGUCUAACGUGCGGCGCAGCAGCGCGGCUCGCCGUUAUCAGGCCAACACGGUCAGCGCAAAGUUCCAGAGCAGCCUGCAGGAGCUGCUGGAGAAGAUGGAAAGGUGUAACCCUUAUUUUGUGCGAUGCAUCAAGCCAAACCAUCAUAAGGAGCCAGGAGUGUUUGACAUGGAGCUGGUCAACACUCAGCUGCAUUACUCGGGCAUCAUGGAGACCAUCCUUAUCAGGAAGGAGGGUUAUCCAAUCAGAAUGCACUUUCACCGCUUCCUAACAAGGUACAAAGCCCUGCUCUGCCUGAAGGAUCCGCCUCCUGCAGACGGAGAGAACUGUGUCGUCAUGCUCCACAAGCUCUGUCCGGUCAAGAACGGCUCGUAUCAGCUGGGAGUCAGUAAGAUUUUCCUGAAAGAGGAGCUGUAUCAGCUGUUGGAGGGGAAGCGCGACCGAUUGCUCAACAUCGCCGCCGUGACGCUGCAGAGAUACACCCGAGCAUGUUUCGUCCAAAAGAACUUCGCCAAGAUGCGGCGGCGUUUGAUCCUGUUUGAAACUCGCUGCAGAGGCUACCUGGCCAGAAGAAAGUUUGCUCGGAGGAGGAAGUACCUCAUCAGGCUCCGCUCCGCCGUGCUGCUCAUCGUCAACCGCCAGCGUUACAUGAGGACAGUGGUGGAGCCUGCGAGAAAGGCAGAGGAGGAUCGCGUCAACAGAGAGGUGGUGAAUGUGACAACGCUGCUUAUCCCUGCUGAGCUGGCAGUUCUGAUACAGGCGGCCUCAGGUGGUGAAGAGCUGCAUUCUGACUGCUUGGCGGUGGUCCAGGCUCCAAAGGUUCAGGUUGACCCCCAGCUGACCCUGCCCCUGGAUGUCAACAACUACCUCAUGACACACUACGUUCGGGCCAUAUUUAGGGAGCCAAUGUUUGGGAUGCUGACAGCACCGCUGGAAAGUUCACUGAUUCGAAUGGAUGAGGAGCUAAAACAAGGAGCUCUGAACGUCUUCAUUCUGAUACUAAGAUUUAUGGGGGACCCAAACUUGAACGGGGUUCAGGAGAAUCUGUUUGGGAACUACAUCAUCCAGAGAGGACUCGCCAAUCCCAGCCUCCGAGAUGAGAUCGUGGCUCAGGUAGCCAAUCAGGUGUGGAGGAAUCCUAACAUUUUGAAUUCAGAGCGUGGUUGGCUCCUCCUGUCCUCCUGUCUCUCUGCCUUCCUGCCCUCUCAAAGGCUGGCCAAGUACUUGCUGAAGUUCGUGUCAGACUACGGGCCCGAGGGCUUCGACUGCGUGUGUCAGCACCGUCUGCUUCAAGCUCUGCAGCGGCUGAACGUCGGGCCGGAGUACGUCCGCACGUACCCGCCCUGUCUGCUAGAGUGGACCGCCAACCGCAAGAGAGCGCACGCCGUCCUGCACACGCACUGUUUCGAUGGUGUGUCCGUCCUGUGUCCUCUACACUCCUGGACAACAGGAGAAGAAAUGGCCAAAGACAUCUUACAACACAGGGGCGUGGUGGAUGGUCGUCGAGGCUGGUCGGUGCUGCUGAAGGAGCCGGCUCAGUGGGUGGAGCUGGAGGGCUCAGACUACGUUCUGGACCUGAUGUCGGACCUGGAGCUUCCCGCUGACUUCCCCAAACACAGCAGCUACUUCAUCAUCUCGGCUCAGGAGCCGACCAGAGUGCGGCCCAACGCCAGCAUAAGCCUGUUGGGCGGUGGGUUUGACAUGAAGGAUGAUCUCAUGUCUUCAGGCUUACCUGGCUCUGAUGGACAAGACUUUGAGCCUCAGAGAGGGAUGGAUCGUUACCUGGACAGCCUGUUUGACCCCGUGCUGUGUGAGGGAGCUGGAGAAGUGGAAUCAGCUGCAGGACUGUCCAGCAGGAUGAAGGGGGCUGGGGGAGUCGGAGGGGGGUGGCAACAGCAAGGGCAGUCAACCGGCCCCCCACCUCCACCUGGGGCUGUGAGAGUCCUUCCCGUGGGAGGCGUGAUGUCGCCUCCAGUUGCUGCUGUGGCACCUGUACCACCUGAUGCCCAGCAGGCUGUUUUGGCCAGCCAGCAGCAGGCGAUCGUGAACCAGCAGGCCGUCAUCAUGGCCCAGCAGAUGACCAUGCAGGCCAUGGCCAUCAUCAGCAGCCCGGUGACGAGCCCCCCCACCUCCCCGAUCAUGAGCCCUCCCAUGAGCCCCUUGCUCCACCACCCUCGCAGCCCGUACGCCCCCGCCAGCCCUUACGCCGUCGUACCCCCGAGUCCGUACGCCAACAUCCCGCCCAGCCCCUACGCCAACUUCACUCCCUCUCCCUACGCUGCAGCGGACGUCCGGCCCGGGCAUCCCUAUCCCGCCCCCGCCAGAGCAGAACAAACUCCAUGGCAGCUUCAGCCGGGCUACACCAAAACGAACAGAACUGAGCCCGCUCAAGCGAACGCUGCCGCACGGGCUCAGUCAGGUGAGGACAGCGUCCCUCGGAGGAAGGCUCCCGGCGUCCCCAUAAACCAGGACACACCAGUCAGAAAGUUUUCCCCGGCUCCUCCGCCCCCUGCUGGAGAGGUGGUGAAGUACUCGGCUCGGAGUUCAGAUUACGUCGUCCCCAGCCAAGAUAUACAAGACAUCAUCAAAAGGUACAACUCCCCACCUCCAUCGGGAGACCUGCUGCCACAUGAGAAGAGGAGACCAGAGGGGAAGUUUAAGAAGAAGCAAUCCCCUCGUGAUGAAGCUUUACAGAUCCUCAAACCGCAGAUGGACAACCCUCCUGCUCCACAGCCCAAACGCCCUGCUGCCCCCCCACCAUCUGCGACUGCAAUGAAGGAGGCGGGAUUUAAACCCACCAAGAGCACGAAGACGAGGGCUCCUCUUCGUCCUCUCCCCGUACCUCCUCCAGUUUCUCGAGAGCUUCCCGUCGAGACCGAGACCACCCAGACGCGGCUUCAUCAGAGAACCAACGAGGAGCACUACACCUACACCAAUGUUCCCUGGAGAUUGUACCUCAGGAAGGAGGUUUUUUAUCCCAGAGACAGCUUCAACAAUCCUCUGGUGCUUGACCUCAUUUUCAAACAGAUCGUGAACGACACUCUGUCAGAGGCGUGCGUUCGCAUCGCCCGCGACGAAAGGCACAAAAUGAAGGCUCUUUUCGCGAGACACGGCGUUGAGCAGAAUAUGGACCCGGUGGAGGAGCAUGUGAAGAAAACUGUUGUGACGGCUGCCAGGGAAACCUGGGAAAUAUACUUCUCCCGUCUGUUCCCUGCGUCGGGUAGUGUAGGAACAGGUGUGCAGGUGUUGUCGGUGUCACACGCCGGUAUAAAGCUGUUGAAGACCGUAAAAAGCAGCGCUGCAGCUCCAGACUACUUCCGAGUCCUACGACCCUACACCUACGCAGACAUCCUGUUUGUAACCAUCCCGUCUGAAAACAUGCUGGAGUUCAAUCUGACCAACGAGAAACUGAUCCUGUUCUCAGCCAAGGCACCGCAAGUCAAACAUCUCAUAGACACCUUCAUCGACGAGAUCAAAAAGGACUCAGAUUACGUGAUCGCAGAGCGAAACUUUGUGACAGACGACCGCUCGAUACUCAAUUUUCACAAAGGUGACGUCAUCCGGCUGCAGGUUAUGGACGGGCUGGAGAAGGGUUACAGCUACGGCUGUGUGGUGAGGAAGAAGGUGGUGUUUUUGGAGGAUCUGAAAAGAGACACCCAAGACUUUGGGUGGAAGUUCGGUGCCGUGUUCGGCCGCUGCGGCGCGUUCCCGGCCGACUGCGUCCAUCCCGUCGCCCCUCCCGACUUCCUGUCGCUGCGACUGGACCGCAGGGCGGAGCCCCGAGGAGGAGGAGGAGGAGGAGGAGCGGGACAGUUUGCCGCGUCAUCGGCCGUCGCCGUUGCCGUGGCGUCCGCCAUGGCUGCGCACGAGAUAGAUCAAACGAUUGAGAAGGUUUCCCUUGACGGCCUCGCUGAAGGAGAUCUGGAUGAGAGGGCCCUGCAGGACAGUAAAUAUGACAUGUUGGAGUUCGCCAAUAAGUUCUUCAGGCGGGGAACCAACGGGAAGGGAGAUUCCCCGAAGAGCAAAAGCAAGAACAGAGAUCUCAGAGAGCCCACUGAAAUGAUCAAGUUCUCCAAGAUUCCUCUGACUGAGUCUCUGAUAGAGUUUAUGGAUCCAGCCAUGAACAGAGUGGCAGCUGAUCUCUUCCUGUCGGUGAUGCGUUUCAUGGGCGACUCUCCAUCAAGGGGAUUGACAGAACAGGAAGUGGUCAACUUUGUCCUCAAGCUCAUAGGAGAGUUCACCUUGAUGAGGGAUGAGGCUUACUGCCAACUCCUCAAACAGCUUACGGCUAACACCAGCUCCAAACCUGAUAGUUGCCAACGAGGCUGGAGGCUGCUGUACAUCCUGACCGCUUUCCAUCGCUGCUCUGAAGUCCUCAAGCCCUUCCUGCUGAAGAACCUGCAGCAGGCUUCUCGCAGCGCCGCCGUGCAGUAUCAGGGCAUCGCUAAAGCGUGUGAGCAGAACCUGAAGAAGACGUUCCGGUACGGCGGCCGCAUCGUUCCACCCAACAGCGUGGAGCUGAAGGCCGUGAUGGCGGGACGCAGUUCAAAACGUCAGCUGUUCCUGUUUCCCGGAGGCAUCGAACGUCACGUGAAAAUCAAGACGUGCUCCGUUGCCCUGGAGGUGAUCGAGGAGCUGUGCUAUGAGAUGGGUUUGCACAAAUCGGAGGCCACGGAAGAAUACGCCAUAUUUUUAGUCACCCAUAAAGGUCAGAAUGUGCGUCCUCUGAACAAACACGAGUACAUCCUGGAUGUGGCGACGGAGGCCGAGGCGGUCGACAGCAGCUACAGCUUCUGGUUCAGACGGGUCGUCUGGACUCAGCCGCUCAAGUUUGAGAACGAGCUCUGCGUCGCCAUGCACUACAACCAGAUCCUGCCGGACUACCGUAAAGGCCUGCUAAAUGUUCUUACGCAUGGAAAAGUGAGCGAUCAACAGUUCCACCAGAUCUCCAAACUGGCAGCUCUGCAGCACAGAGCCAAAGACAUCGUCUUCAUCCCCAGCAUACAUGAACUAUCAGAGUACAUCGCCACACCUCUGUUCAAGAGGCAGCCACCCCAGCAGUGGGUUACCAUGGUGACGCAGCACGUGCAGCAAGUGCAGAUCCUGAGCCCGCACCAGGCCAGAGCACAGUUUAUGGGGCUGAUCAGUGCAUUCCCCAUGUUCGGCUCCUCGUUCUUCUAUGUCCAAAGCAGCAGCUCCACCACCUUCUACGCCCCCUGCAUCGUUGCCGUAAACCAACAUGGCCUCCACUUCCUGCACAAAAACACACACGAGCUGAUGGCAGUGGUCCCCCUGGUGGAGGUGCAGUCCAGCCGCACCCAGAGACCCACUGCUGGAACAAGCUACCCGUAUGUAGACCUGACCCUGGGGGACAUGGACACACAGCGGGUCAUUCAGCUGCAGCUGGAGCAGGGCCUGGAGUUGUGUCGAGUCAUCGCCAUGCAGGUGGAAAACAUGAUGUCCGUGCGGGAGAGGCGGCUCAUCCUGCCACCCAGUGAAAUCACCAUGUUAUAGCACACACAGUCGCAUGGACACAU